UGCUGGGUUCUUACAGGACGAGGGCAUAGCAUGGCUGGAGAAGGCCUAGUCUCAAACUGACUCUGGGCAGCCAAGCAGGAAUUUGACCAAGUAUAAUAUUGUUGCUUAGUGUCAGAGUAAAUAGUGAUUAAGGUUGAACUCUGAGAUUACUUUGGAACUGAAAACCCUGAUUAUUGUGUUACAACAAAUUCCUAAAAUCUGUGUAUCAGUGUAACAGGGUGCAGAGUGGGAGUCCCCUGAAAAUAAGAGAAACCCCCCCACAACCUUGACUAGAGGAAGGGGGAGGUGGAUGAUACAGUGGAUAGGAUACUUGGCAUAACAAUGGCAAGUCAAUAGCUGUGCCUUGCUUGAAGGAAGAGGUCUGCCUCCCAAGGCCAAAGGUGUACAUGACUCUGAGAGCAUUUGGGGACUGGUGACGUGGGGUCGGGGGAGAGCUUAUAUAGCGCCUGCCCGAGAAGCAGGGGGCAGAUGCCCACCUCAGAAGUCACUGGGAACUCUUGAAUCCCUGAUUCAAGUUGGUGUCCAAAAGAAGGCAGAAGAUAUAGGGGAACUGGCAAAAAUGGCACAUUAUAGGAGGGGCCAGUUAUGAGGUCACGUAGGAAGUUCUAGUCCAAGCAUUUAAAAUGAGGAUGGGCUGAAAGAGAAGGGGUCUGUUCUGCCAUGAGGUCCAGUGUGUAAGGGAGAGAGUCCUCCACAAGGAGAAGCCGUGCUAUCUGUAGUGAGAGAGGAACUUCUUCUGUGUCUCUGAAGGAUGUAAGGAGAAGCCACGUUUAUAGGACAUGUGCUCUCCCUGGACUCACCAUGAUCCAGUGUAACAUGGCACAUGUUUUCCUGAACCACUGCAGGAAGCUGAGAACAAGGUACCCCAGAUCCUGAAGGAGAGAGCUGCUGAAAGAGGUGAAACCCAGACUCUGAAACCCAGAUGAUAUCUGCUCUUCCACACUGAGGAUGUGACUGUGAUAUACAGGGUGGAGCAAAACUGACAGCAGAGGGUAGGUGCUGAUUCCACCCACAGCUGCCACUGAAAAGCAAGGUUCAGAAAUGUCAGAUAUCCUCCGGGAGCUGCUCCACGUCUCUGAGAAAGCUGCCAACAUUGCCCGGGCAUGCAGGCAGCAGGAAGCUCUCUUCCAGCUGCUGAUAGAAGAAAAGAAAGAAGGAGAAAAGAACAAGAAGUUCACAGUUGAUUUCAAGACCCUGGCUGAUGUACUGGUACAGGAAGUUAUAAAACAUAAUAUGGAGAACAAGUUUCCAGGCUUGGAAAAAAAAAUUUUUGGAGAAGAAUCCAAUGAGUUUACUAAUGAUCUGGGAGAAAAGAUUAUCUUGAGACUGUGUCCAACAGAGGAAGAAACAGUAGAGCUUCUUAGCAAGGUCCUAAAUGGGAACAAGUCGGCAUCUGAAGCGUUAGCCAAGGUUGUUCAUCAGGAUGUCACCCUCACUGACCCAGCUCUGGAUUCAAUAGAGAUCACCAUUCCACAGGACAUUUUGGGAAUUUGGGUGGAUCCCAUAGAUUCGACUUACCAGUAUAUAAAGGGUUCUGCUGACACUGAAUCCAACCACGGAAUCUUCCCCAGUGGCCUUCAGUGUGUCACCAUUCUAAUUGGUGUCUACGACAUACAGACAGGGGUGCCUCUGAUGGGAGUCAUCAACCAACCUUUCGUAUCACGCGACCUAAACACCCUCAGGUGGACAGGACAGUGCUACUGGGGCCUCUCUUACAUGGGAACCAACAUCCAUUCACAUCCACCUCCCAUCUCUCAAAGAAACGGUGAACCUCGCCGGCAGCUGACUGAAAACAGCAGCUCUGAGGCUGAAUUCUCUCACCAUUUCUCAGCUGUCAUUAGUACAAGUGAAAAGGCGGCCAUCAAAGCUGCAUUGUCUUGUGUAUGUGGAGACCGCAUAUUCCGGGCAGCUGGGGCUGGUUACAAGAGCCUGUGUGUUGUCCAAGGCCUUGUGGACUUUUAUAUCUUUUCAGAAGAUACCACGUUCAAGUGGGACUCUUGUGCUGCUCAUGCCAUACUCAGGGCCAUGGGCGGGGGAAUGGUAGACUUCAAAGAAUGCUUGGGUAGAAAUCUAGAAACAGGGCUUGAUUUGCCGCAGCUGGUGUACCAUGUGGAAAACGAAAAUACUAGCGGAGUGGAUCGCUGGGCCAACAGGGGAGGACUGAUUGCAUACAGAUCACGCAAGCAGCUGGAGACAUUCCUGAGCCUCUUCAUCCAAAACCUUGCACCUGCAGAUACACACACAUAGAUGAACCUUUUCCUCGCUAUAAUUAUAAACCAAACUGUGAAACUGUCCUACAUCUCUAUUGUUUGAAGAUAGCUUUGUCCUAGUGAUGGUCAAAGUUCUCCUUCCUCUUUUGAGGAGCAUUUUUCCAUUAUGUGUUCAUAAUAAUGUUUAUUUCAAUAAAUAAAUGACAUUCAUGCAAUAA